CGUUUCCUUUUUCAACUGCAGUGUGCAGUACUUUAUUCCAUAGAAAAAAUGUAAUCUAGAAAGUUAACCUCAAGAUUUGAGAACCCCCCCCCCUCCCCCAACACGCACACACUCGCACACACACACACACACACACACACACACACACACACACACACACACACACACACACACACACACACAGGUCUAAGAUGUGGUGCACAAUACUGUUGUUACUUUAUGCUUAUUUUGCAUUAUAAUUAACUUUUAUGGGAACUUUUAUCUUCUGACUGAAUGCUUUUUACCAGCUGAAUUAUAUCUACUGCUUUUCUUCUAUGAAAUAUAUUAAUUGGACAGUAAGGGACGCUGUAGGUCAGUAAAACACGCAGUGAGAGAGGACAGGGAGAGGCUGAGUCUUUUUUCUUCUUCACAUUGCUGGAUUAGAACACAAAUGGUGAGACUCGUGAGCAGAGCAGACAACAACUGGUUUAGAGCAACGGGUGUCAAAUAAAAAGGCAUAUUUUUUUCUUCUUUCCGCUUGGAUUUCAUACAAUAGUUUUUACCACGUUUUUUCUUGGUUUUACAAUGGUGGAAACCCUGGUUUCAUCGUGUAAAAAAUGGCGUUUGUGUUUCAGGUCAGUCCGCUGGUUUAUGCUGUUCUUGUGUUGUUUCAAAAGCAUUGUUUCCGGGCAGAUCAGAUAUUCAAUCCCAGAGGAGAUGAAAAAAGGAUCUCUCAUCGGCAAUGUUGCUCAUGAUCUCGGUUUGAAUGUAGAAAGGCUGCGCUCUGGCCAUGCCCGCAUCGUGACUAGACAAAGCAUCCAGUACACGGAGCUGAAAACAGACAAAGGCGUUUUAGUCGUGAAGGAGAGGAUUGACCGAGAGCAGCUUUGUGGAGACGUAACACCUUGCAGCUUCAGCUUCGAGGUGAUUUUAGAGAAUCCGAUGGAGCUGCACCAAAUAACGGUGGAAAUAACGGACAUAAAUGACAACUUCCCGGUGUUUAGAAAGGGGGAGAUUCAAUUAGAAAUAGGCGAGUCUGCAGCGCUGGGCUCGCGGUUUUUGCUACCCACUGCCGAGGACGCAGAUGUGGGCAGCAACGGCCUGCAGACAUAUUUACUCACGGCCAGUGAUGCCUUUGGUUUGAAGCAACACUCAAACCCAGACGGUCAAAAAUAUGCAGAGUUGGUUAUACAAAAUGCGUUAGAUAGAGAAAAAGAGCCGCGCAUAUCACUGAGGCUCAUCGCUGUUGACGGUGGAUCUCCGCCUAGAUCUGGAACAGUAAAUAUAGAUAUUACAGUGCUUGAUGCUAAUGACAAUCCUCCAAUUUUUAACCAGUCUUUAUACAGAGCCGCUGUUUUGGAAAACGCGAUAAAAGGCACUUAUAUCACCACUGUGAACGCAAGUGAUGCGGACGCUGGGUCUAACGGAUUGAUGACCUACAGAUUUUCAAAUGUAAAAAAACACUUGACUGAUACAUUCAGUUUGAAUGAAUAUACAGGAACCAUAACUCUGACAGGAGAAGUUGACUAUGAAAAAGAUAAGAAAUAUGAAAUCAUGAUUGAAGCUGUGGAUCAAGGGGGGCUUACGGAUUCAAGUAAAGUGCUGAUUGAAAUACUAGACGUGAAUGACAACGCUCCUGUCAUAAAUGUGAUGUCAUUCUCCAGUCCGGUUCCAGAGAAUUCCCCGGUGGGUUCCACAGUAGCAAUAAUUAAUGUGAUUGAUGCGGACUCGGACCAAAAUGGGAAAAUCACCUGUUCAACAGACAGACUCCUUCCUUUUAAGAUAAAAUCGACUUUAACUAAUUAUUAUGCAUUAAUAACAGACUCGUCAUUUGAUAGGGAGGCAGUCCCUGAAUAUAAUAUAACUGUCCAGGCCACAGAUUCGGGUUCUCCAUCUUUAUCAAGCACCACAGUUUUGCAUUUGAAGAUCGCUGAUGUGAAUGAUAAUGCGCCGGUAUUUGAUCAAAUUAGUUAUGUUACACAUCUUAUAGAAAACAACUCUCCUGGGGUUUCUGUAUUUUCGGUGACAGCGGGAGAUAACGAUUGGAAUCAAAAUGCACGAAUCUCAUAUUUUCUCGAAGACACAGCUAUCAAUGGCAGUCCUGCAUCUUUGUACGUCUCCAUAAACAGUGAAAAUGGAGCAAUCCACGCACUGCGAUCUUUUGAUUAUGAGCAAGUUAAAGAACUUAACCUGGUGGUUAAAGCGCAGGAUGGAGGCUCUCCUCCUCUCAGCAGCAACGUGACUGUGAAAAUACUGAUCCAGGACCAGAACGAUAACCCCCCUCAGGUCCUGUACCCGGUCCAGACUGGAGGCUCCGUGGUGGCUGAGAUGGUGCCUCGUUCAGCAGAAGUGGGCUAUCUGGUGACUAAAGUGGUGGCUGUUGAUGUGGACUCUGGACAGAACGCCUGGCUCUCCUAUAAACUGCAGAAAGCCACAGACAGGGCGCUGUUUGAAGUGGGCUUACAGAAUGGAGAAAUCAGAACUAUCCGUCAAGUGACUGAUAAAGAUGCUGUGAAACAAAGACUGACUGUUUUAGUGGAGGACAACGGCCAGCCCUCUUGUUCAGCUACAGUCAUUGUUAACGUGGCGGUGGCGGACAGCUUCCCUGAAGUGCUGUCGGAGUUCACUGACUCUACACACGACAAGGAAUACAACGACAACCUGACUUUUUACUUAGUCUUGGCUCUGGCUGUAGUUUCCUUCCUCUUCAUCACCUGUUUGGUGGUUAUCAUCUCAGUGAAAAUCUACAGAUGGAGACAGUCUCGCAUCCUGUAUCACUCCAGCCUCCCUGUCAUUCCAUAUUAUCCACCACGUUACUCAGACACGCUGGGGACAGGAACUCUCCAACAUGUGUACAACUACGAGGUGUGCAGGACCACUGACUCCAGAAAGAGUGACUGUAAGUUCGGCAGAGCUGCUAGUCAGAACGUGUUGGUAAUGGACCCCAGUUCUACAGGAACCAUGCAGAGGAUGCAGGGUGAGAAGAGCAUCCUGGAUGAGCCUGACUCUCCUUUAGAGGUUAGUCUUUAUUUAUUUAUAUAUUUUUAUAUUAUUAUUAUUAUUAUUAUUAUUAUUAUUAUUAUUAUUAUUAUUAUUAUUGUUGUUGUUGUUGUAGUUGUUUUAUCAAAUUUAUAAGUGACCAAAUUUGUUUGGAACGAACCAUUUCCCUUUCACACUGAUGUUCAGCACCACGGAGAGCGACACACGUUGCUACUUGUGGUAGUGCUGCUGUUUUCAAACUUAGAUCUAUUCUAAAAAAAAUUAAUAAUAAAUAAAAACGAAUGUAUUCAUGUACAUAAAUUCCUGUAUUUUUAAAUAAUUAAAUUGUUUUAUAUUUUUCAGAUAACCAUUUAAUUUCUUUUGUUACAACGUUUAUUUAGUUUUUAAUUGCAACAGUGACAAAACAUGUAUAUUUUCUAAGGAAUCAUACAUUUAAAUUAGGUGCUUGGAAUGUAAACUGGUGCUUUAAGGUUUAGCAUUUGGUAGCGCUAAGAAACACUAGCAGUGUCCGUUUUAGGUGACUGUCAUUGUGGCUAAGUAUGAGUGAGUGUGUGAGUGUGGUUUUGUGGCUGGCUUCAGAAGUUUCCUUUCGCCCUACCAAUGAUAAGUGGUUCAUCCUAGCCUGAUCAAUAUUACAGUGUUUAAUUUAUUGACCAUUUGAGAAUUAGCUUCUUUGUAAGUGAAUGUUUGACUUACUCUAAUGUUUUUAGAAUCUUCAAUUCAUCAUGAAAAAAUAUAGAAUUAUUGAUGCACCUGUAAACGGUUUUUUUUUCAUGUCAUAUUUUGUAGCAUCCAAAUUUAUUCUGACUGCUGUACGAAUAAUUAUAGUGGCACAUUUUCUUUUUUUUAUAUUUUCCAAUCUCAUUUGAUACAUUUCUUAAUAAGAUCUGGUCAUGUUUUUUAGAAGGUGUUUAGCACGUUUCCCAAAUUCCCAUCAUUUUCCAUAAAAUGUUUAUUCUUGUCUGCUUUAUAAAGAAAACUGGCGUUUAUACUGCAGACUGCAUUGAUGCUUACAAUGAUUAAAUCAAAGGUGAUCACGGUGCCAGGUCAUAUUUUAAGGUUGAGAACAUUUGCAGUACUUCAUUUUUUUAUUGUGAGUAACUGAUAUUUAAAUACAAUUUGGGCAGUGACUGAAAAAUACAUUUAAUCAAACAAUUAAUUAUUUUUUUACAAACCUCUUUACUUCUCAGUAUUUAUUCUUUUUUUUUUCCUACUUAGUCUUUCAGUAAAACUUGUUUUAAAAAUUGUAAUCAGUGUCUCCUAAAGUAAGCACAGCUGGACAAUUUUACUGGUGUAGAGUAAACGGCUAGAAUUAAACGUUUUUAAUUAAUGUAACUUUAAAA